GGCGCGGGACGUGGGGAGGGGACCCGGGGUCGCCGCGGGCGCUCAGGACGCGGUGUCUGUCUGGGUCCCGAGCCAGCUGCAUUGGCUAAAGGGAGCCGGCCACGGACCCUGCACCCUGGGAUGGGAUCAGCCGCCUCCGCCCACCGCUGGGCGCCCGCCUCGGCGUCGGCCAGGCUUGCACUGCCGCGGGGACUUUCUACGUCUCUUCUUUCUUUCGUGUAAAACAAUUGUCAGCAGCCGUGGACGGAACCCGGGUCAUGCGAACCACUCCCCUGUGAGCUGAAAACACUCGCGGCUUCCCUGCUUGAACCGCUGCCCCGCGGAGGAGCGCGCAGGCGGGCAGGUGCGCGUGGACUGGGGGCUACACUCCGGGACCGCGACAGCCCUCCGUCAGCGACACCUUCUACCACUGCAGCUUCAGGAAAGUCGUCAGUGGAGUUAGCUUGUUCGAUGAUAUAUUUCUGAGGUAAAGUGUUGAGAGAGGAGAACCAGUGCAUUGCUCCUGUGGUUUCUAGUCGCAUGAGUCCAGGGACAAGACCAACAGUUAUGGGAUCCUUCAGCUCACACAUGACAGAGUUUCCACGAAAACGCAAAGGAAGUGAUUCAGACCCAUCCCAGUCAGGAAUCAUGACAGAAAAAAUGGUGGAAAAGGUUUCUCAGAAUCCCCUUACCUAUCUUCUUUCAACAAGGAUAGAAAUAUCAGCCUUCGGUGGCAGCAGAGAAGCUCAUAGCCAAACUGAAAAGCGGAGGAGAGAUAAAAUGAAUAACCUGAUUGAAGAACUGUCUGCAAUGAUCCCUCAGUGCAACCCCAUGGUGCGUAAACUGGACAAACUUACAGUUUUAAGAAUGGCUGUUCAACACUUGAGAUCUUUGAAAGGCAUGACAAAUUCUUGUGUGGGAAAUAAUUAUAAACCAUCAUUUAUUCAAGAUAAUGAGCUCAGACAUUUAAUCCUUAAGACUGCAGAAGGCUUCCUAUUUGUGGUUGGAUGUGAAAAAGGAAAAAUUCUCUUCGUUUCUAAGUCAGUCUCCAAAAUACUUAAUUACGAUCAGGCUAGUUUGACUGGACAAAGCUUAUUUGACUUCUUACAUCCAAAAGAUGUUGCCAAAGUAAAGGAACAACUUUCUUCUUUUGAUAUUUCACCAGGAGAAAAGCUAAUAGAUGCCAAAACUGGUUUGCAAGUUCACAGUAAUUUCCACACUGGAAGGACACGUGUGUAUUCUGGCUCAAGACGGUCUUUUUUCUGUCGGAUAAAGAGUUGUAAAAUCUCUGUCAAAGAAGAGCAUGAAUGCUUACCCAACUCAAAGAAGAAAGAGCAUAGGAAAUUCUAUACUGUCCACUGCACUGGUUACUUGAGAAGCUGGCCUCCAAAUAUUGUUGGAAUGGAAGAAGAAAGGAACAGUAAGAAAGACAACAGUAAUUUUACCUGCCUUGUAGCCAUUGGAAGAUUACAGCCAUAUAUUGUUCCACAGAAUAGUGGAGAGAUUAAUGUGAAACCAACUGAAUUUAUAACCCGGUUUGCAAUGAAUGGAAAAUUUGUCUAUGUAGAUCAAAGGGCAACAGCAAUUUUAGGAUAUCUGCCUCAGGAACUUUUGGGAACUUCUUGUUAUGAAUAUUUUCAUCAAGAUGACCAUAGUAAUUUGACUGACAAGCACAAAGCAGUUCUACAGAGUAAGGAGAAAAUACUUACAGAUUCCUACAAAUUCAGAGCAAAAGAUGGCUCUUUUGUAACUUUAAAAAGCCAAUGGUUUAGUUUCACAAAUCCUUGGACGAAAGAACUGGAAUAUAUCGUAUCUGUCAACACUUUAGUUUUGGGGCAUAGUGAGCCUGGAGAAGCAGGAUUUUUUCCUUGUAGCUCUCAAUCAUCAGAAGAAUCCUCUAGACAAUCUUGUAUGAGUGUGCCUGCAAUGUCUGCUGGAACAGUACUUGGUGCUGGUAGUAUUGGAACAGAUAUUGCAAAUGAGAUUCUGGAUUUACAGAGGUUACAGUCUUCUUCAUCCCUUGAUGAUUCCAGUCCAACAGAUUUAAUGAAAGCUACUCAUACCAUAAACUGCAGGAAUAUGUCAAAUAAGGAGUUGUUUCCACCAAGUCGUUCUGAAAUGGGAGAGCUAGAGGCUACCAGGCGAAACCAGAGUACUGUUGCUAUCCACAGCCAUGAGCCACUUCUCAGUGAUGGUGCACAGUUGGAUUUUGAUGCCCUAUGUGACAAUGAUGACACAGCCAUGGCUGCAUUUAUGAAUUACUUAGAAGCAGAAGGGGGCCUUGGAGACCCUGGGGACUUCAGUGACAUUCAGUGGACCCUCUAACAUUUGAUUUUUGAUUCCAAAAAUGAAAAACAUUUUAAAGCAUUUCAUUUAUGAAAAACUGUCUGAACUAUUCCUCAGUACUGUAUUGAUAUUAUUUAUAUCUUUUAUUAACUAUCUACCAAUUUUUAUAGAUUUGCAAUCUUACUGUCACAGGGAUGUGGGGAAAAAUGUUUUCCUCCAAAGAGAACCAGAGUUUAUUAUAGACUCCUUUAUUCAGUGAAAUGGCUUAUAAUCCACUAGUUGCCAUAUUUUUGCUAAAACGUUUCUAACCAAGAAUACUACUUACAUAUUGUUUUGGCUUUGUUUUAUUUUUGAUGCAAUUUUUUUGAGUCAAGAUAAUGUAAUAUAUUGAUAUGUUUCCUUUGUGUCUAAGAUUCAUUUAUAAUAGUCGGUUUGUAUGAUUUGGAACAUUUUCCGUUCCUUGCGAAUUUCCUUAAUGGAGGAUAGGGCUUACACACUUUAAGAAAACAGUGAGUACUUGAACAUUUAAAGGGACAGUGCAAUUUAUAGUCCUAAUCACAUUAAAUACUGUAUUUGGUCUUUGGAGACUUAGGCAAGCACAGAACCGGGAUAUUUAUGCUCACUUGAGUGCUCUAAGAUGAAUUAAAAGUGAGAUGAUUUUUUUACUUAAAACUUAGAGAAGGUCAAAAGAGUUUCAGCUUUACUUACAGAAAAGGAAGGAUCUUGGGCCCUAGAUCUUGGGGAUUAACCUUUGCAUAUAAGAUUUAAUAGGCCGGACGUGGUGGCUCACACCUGUAAUCCCAGCACUUUGGGAGUCUGAGGCAGGCAGAUCACUUGAGGUCAGGAGUUCAAGACCAGCCUGGCCAAUAUGGUGAAACACUAUCUCUGCUAAAAAUAUAAAUUAAAAAAAAAAUUACCCAGGCAUGGUGGCACAUACCUGUAAUCCCAGCUACUUGGGAGGCUAAGGUGAGAGGAUCACUUGAACCUGGCGACAGAGGUUGCAGUGAGCCUUACCACUGCACUCCAGUCUGGGCAACAGAGUGAGACUUUGUUUCAAAAAAAUUUUUUUACUUUUAAUAUAACCACUGAAGAUUUCUAUUAUAGAUAGAAUAGGUUUUUGACAUUGAAAACAUACUUAAGGAUAGAUUCGUCCUAAAGGAAAAAAAUUGAUCUGGGCAGGUUAAAUGUCUUGUGUAAAGUUACACAUUAAAUUCCUAGAGUUUUACAUGUUUAAUGUAUAUAAACCAGUUUCUUUAUACACAUUUGGGAAAACAUUGGUCUCACUGGUUAAAUGAUUAACUAACGGACCCGGGAACUAGUUGUAGCUUUCUUGGUAAUAGGCAAUUACAGUUAUUGCCUGUAACCAAAGGUAAUUAAACAAAUGACAAGUACACUUUUUAAAUUAUGAGACAAUGAGAAAUAAUUUUAAACCCAAUUUUCUAAUUAUAAUUUAAAAUUUGUAGAGCAUUUUUAACAGUAAUUAAUCCAGAGGUGGCUCAAAUUGAGUAUAAGAAUUAAUAUUAUUUAAAAUACUGCAUGUCUACCUUGGGGAUCAUACUUUAUAAUACUUUCUGCUUCGGUAGUACUUCAUAGCUUACCAAGUGUGCUCCCAUAUAUUAUUUUUUGUGCCUCACAAAUGAAAGUCAGAUAGGAUGGGAACUAAUGGGACAGCCCUCAGACUUCAAUGUGGGGUUCAAAUCCAGUUUCCUGUUCUAUAUGGUGCUCCAUCUUUCCAACAAAUUUCCCUUAGAGCCCCUCACCAAAACAAAGUAUUAUUUUGACCCUGCAUGCUAUUUCUUUAGCUGUAGGUGAUAGAUUAGAACUUCUGUCAGACAUGUUAAUGACAAACAUAUCAAUAGACAAUAACCACAAGCAAAUGUUUCCUUCAAGUGUAAAAUGUUGAGGGGCUGUGUGGGCAAGGGUGUAUUGGUAUAUGGUGUCCCAGCAAUGAUGGAGGGUCAGCACCAUUCCUUGUCCGACACUUGAGGACCUGAGAGACAUCAGGUUUAAAAUAAGUCAAAGAAAUCCUACAAGAUGGGGAGAAUUGGUGUGCAGCAGCCUAAGCAUUAUAGUUAAGUCUAAAGAAGUAUGAAAGAUCCCAUGUGUUCUCCAAAUUGGGCAGAGGGGCCUGUGUACCAAUAUCACUUUUUAGGGGACUGAACCAUUGCAGGUUGGACUUGGCUUCCAAAGAGUCAGCCUAAACCAGGGGUAGCAGGAUAGGCCAUCAUGGCUGGAUGGCCUCAAAAGAAGGGGCAGACCCUGUGAUGCCAGGAUUUGAAGUGCAGAGUUUCUGGAGGCAGACCAGUGCUGCCUCACACAGUGGCAGUUUUUUCUCUUUGCAAGAGAAGGCUGUUCUAUUCCAUAGAUCAGGUGGGCAGAUAGCCAGUUGAAUCCUCUGUGCAUGGUUUGAUCCUUUACUGAUUCACUCUAAUAUUUUUCUGUAGAUCCUUUCAUCCUGGACUCAGAAUCUAAUCCAUGCAUUGUAUGAUACCAUAGCUCUCCCACGUUCAGAGUUUCCUUCAAAAUGUUUUAGUUUUCUUCAGCUAAAUUUGAUUUUUGCUGUUGGAAGUGACAUACUUUUAUGGUAUACACUAUGUUACUUUUUUCUCCUACAAAUCAAUUUUUUGAAUUUUGGUGAGAAAGAAUGUAUCAACAAAUUGCAUGAAAGUAUCAUAAAAACAGCACUCUAGACUUUUUUUUAACUCUAAGAAUUACCACUACAUUCAUGUAGUGGAGUGGAAGAGUGCCUAGAAUCAGAAAACCCUGUCGAGGCUGAAUUUAGUUGUGUGACUUCAAGCCAUUUAAACUCUCUGUGCCUCAGCUUCCUCAUUUUUAGAAGAAGGUUUGAUCUCUGUGUUUACUUGUAGCUCUGAUUCUGGGAUUCUGAUCCACAGGACUCAGGCAUUAGUGUGGAACCCAGAACUGUGCUGUCCAGUGUGGUAGCCACUAGCCACAAGUGGCUACUGAGCACUUGCAGUGCAGCUACUACAAAGUGAGGUGUGCUGUCAAUGUAAGAUACAUACCAGAUUUUGAAGACUAGUAUUACCAAAAGAAUAUAAAAUAUCACAUUAAUAAUUUUAUAUUAAUUACAUGUUCAAAUGAUAUUUUGGAUAUACUGAGUUAAAUAAAACAUUAAAAUUCUACUUGUAUCUUUUCACUUUUUUAAUGUGGCUAGAAGAAAACUUAAAAUUACACAUGUGGCUCAGAUUAUAUUUCUAUUGGACAGUGCUGCUCUAGAACAUUAUAUUAAGUAGUAAUUGAAGUAGACCAAAGUUUAUACCAUAAGGAUAUUUUUCUUUAAAUACCAUGUUUAAAGAACAAUUAUUUAUUGAUCCUUGAAUCUGUAAGAUCAAAUAACUAUGAGUCUCUAUCCAUGUUACCAAAUUUAAACUUUUAAAAAUAAUAAACUUUAAAAUAUCAGAUAUUUUAUUGCAGGAUGAUACUUGGAAUCAAAUGACAUGAGUUAUAUGGUCAUCAUUAAAUUUGGAAAUCUAUUGUGAAACAAAGACAAACAGGAAAGUACAGAAUAGAGAUUUUUAGUAAAUAAAUGGAAUUAAAAGGGAAGUGUUUAUUUACAGUGUCACAACAGGAAAGGAUGUCUUUGUCAUCAUAGUCUUUGAGGGAUCUCUGUAAAAUGUGGGGCACAGGUACAAGAAAUAGCCAAUAUUUAGUUACCAGACCAUGUUUAGUAGUGUCCAGUUUCAGGUCAUGCUGCAAAGAGGUAUCUGCCCAUCAGGUAGGUCAUUGCUGGGCUCUGGAAUGGGAGACUCGUACUUGCCCAGCACAAUGUUGUGGACAGAGAGGCUGACAUCUAGGAUUAGCUAGAAGCCAUAAAGAGAAACUGCUAAGUGGCCACUAGGUGCCACUUUUCCAUUUUUAGAAUGUUUUGUUUUCAUUAGCAGAUCAUUUUUUUCCAAGCUCCAUGGCACCUACAAGAGGCAUUUGUGAUUUUUGUGCCUACAGUAAGUCAGCCUGUCUGAUGUGAGUUGUUUUAUGAGAAAUGCUUUCCAAGGAAGGUCUAGGAAGAUCCUGACAUGUAAGAACUUUGGUGUAGGGAGCUUUCUAGGUGCGGUGCCAAUAAAAACUGACCUGGAAAGAAAACCUGUCCAGCACGGGAUAUGCUUUCUGAACUCACUUGAGAAUGUAUGGUGUACGUCACUUCUCAUGUAUUCUUGAGUUUAGAUUUAUCUUUUAUACUUUUAGCUCUUUUCCAUUUCACUUGCACUUGCCUGUAUAUUGGUAUUUUUAAAAUUCUGUGGUAAAUAAGAGUGAAAUUAUAUUUUAUAAUUACUCAUUUGUAGUUUUUUCUAAUUUAAUGAAUCUCCUUCAAAAAGUG